AUGAGUAUUCCUUUCCAUUGCAAGGAAAACACAAUUGUCCGCUUUUGGUCUCAGAAAAACGAACACCGAAGUUUUGAAUAUCGCACCCAGUACCCUCAAAAACUCAAUAUUUGGGAAGAUAUUUUAGGUGACCAUUUAAUAGGCCCAUUUUUUAUUGGUGGUACCCUGAAUGCUGACAAAUAUCUUGAGCUACUUCAGAACCAAGUUUUUUCCGCCGUUCAAAACUUUCCUGAUCUUGACCUGAAAACAGUAUGGUUUCAACAAGACGGUUGUCCCGCUCAUAAUGCGGUUAGAGUAAAAGAGUUUUUGUCGAAUAAUUUUCCUAACCGCCUUAUUAGUGGGACUGGCGAUAUUAGGUGGCCGCCUAAAUCUCCCGAUUUGUCUCCGAGUGACUUCUUUUUGUGGGGUUAUCUUAAGAAAACUAUUUACAGCCACGAAGUCACGAGGCCGACAAAUUUAGAGGAGUUAAGAGCAAAAAUUGUUGAGACCUCUAAUGCCUUACAGCAGAAACUCUUUCGGAGGUGCGAAGCAGUUUUUAUCAUAGGUUAG